GCUCUCUCAUUGCGAUCCGAGGAGAGAGGGAAAGAGCCGGAGCCGAGGAGGAUCGCGAUCUGCCGGAGGAGUCUCCGCACUGACAACUGCUGCAGCCGCCGCUCACCGACCCGACCCGACCAGCCAAAGGCAUGAAGCGCCCUUUGAGUCCCGAGUACACACCUGAAAAUGGGAAGAUGAGCACUGCCAUGUUUUUGCGAUGCCUUGAGGAAAAGGUGACCUGGACCGACAAUUCUGAAUGCCAGUUUUCCCAUGAAAAUAAGAAGAUCUUCUAUUCAUUGUGUGAAGUGUGCAAUAUACAGCUCAACUCGGCAGCACAGGCUCAGAUCCAUUACAAUGGAAAAUCUCACCUAAAAAGAGUUAAGCAACUAAACAAUGGAAAACUACCAAGUGGUCCGUCAUCUGGAUCUGUACUUGUGAGCACCAGUGCAGGGAUAUUUGGAAGUACAUGUCAUACCACCACCCUCCCUACGCUAGUACGAACCCCGAGUCUCAUGAUGCAGCCAACCCUGGAUAUCAAACCAUUUGUAUCAUUUCCAAUGGAUAACAGUGCUAGUGUUGGUCUUUUCCCAAACUUUAACACGAUGGACCCAGUACAAAAAGCUGUGAUAAACCAUACCUUUGGCGUUUCCAUUCCACCAAAGAAAAAGCAACUUGUUUCUUGCAAUGUUUGCCAGCUUCGAUUUAAUUCUGAUAGCCAAGCCGAGGCACACUACAAAGGCAGUAAACAUGCCAAGAAGCUCAAAACACUAGAGUCAACGAAAAAUAAGCAAAAAACGGGUUCGCUCAAGGACAGCGCCAAGGCUAUUACAAGUGCAACGGCCAACCACAAAUCAGGUGACGAGGAAAGAUUAAAAAGCAGCAAUUUAAUUAGUCACAGCUUGACAGAAAUAAGAUCAUUAAUCGCCAAGUCAGAGGUGGCAUUAACAGCAGUGAUACCCACAACACUUGUGAAAGGCACCAAUGGUAACGCAAUCACUAUUUCUGAAUCAGAAGAGGAGAAAGCCAAGAAGCUACUGUAUUGUUCACUAUGCAAAGUAGCUGUCAAUUCUCUGUCACAGCUGGAAGCACACAACACAGGUUCUAAACACAAAACAAUGGUUGAAGCACGGAAUGGUGCGGGUCCUAUCAAAUCCUACCCAAGGUCUGGAUCUAGGCUAAAAAUUCUGAAUGGCAGUAAAGGUUCAGGAUUGCAGAACAAAACAUUUCAUUGUGAAAUCUGUGAUGUUCAUGUCAAUUCAGAAGUCCAGCUUAAACAGCACAUCUCCAGCAGAAGACACAAGGACAGGGUAGCAGGAAAACCCAUGAAGCCUAAAUAUAGUCCAUAUAACAAACUGCAACGCAGCCCGAGUAUCUUAGCAGCAAAGCUGGCAUUCCAGAAGGAAAUGAUUAAGCCUUUAACUCCGACCUUCCUUUCAUCGCCUCUGGCAGCUGCUGUAACUUCUACACUCUCAUUACCGCCUCGACCCCACAACUCACUUUUUCCGGGGACGGCCUUAGCGCCUGCAUUUCUUAGACCAGCCCAUGGCGCUAUCCGUGCCACCACAGCCUCCAUACUGUUUGCACCAUAUUAGCUACAAAAAAUAAAUAAAAAAAUAACAGCAAAUGGGAGACAAAAGGACUAGAAUUUCCAGCUAUAUAAAGACUCUUUGCACUGUCGUUGCUCUUCUUAAAAAAAAAAAAAGGGUCAUCUUUAAAAAUCAUAAUCGGAGAGCACACAGUUUCAGCCAUUCUUUGCCAUUAGCAAAAGCUCAGUAAACACAAUCACUGAAACGCGUAUAGUCUGUGUUGUGAAAAGCAAGCUCUUUCUAAGCGCACCUAGGUUUGUUUUUGCAGCCUUGUCUGUGAUCCCCAUUUUUUUUCCAUCAGUACAGAAAACGUGUUGUUAUUAUUAUUAUUAUACAGUAAUUUUUUUUUUGUCCUGGCAGACUUGAAAAUGGGGUUCUUCCUAGUCCUUUGGUGUAAAUUCUUGUUUGGAAUCCAAAUGUUCUUCUUGAAGUGUAGAAUACAUAAACUAAAAAAUUUUAAAAAAUACAAAUAAAUAAAAGUUAAAGUGCUUUAUUGUGGACAACACCAAAACCAUGGCUACUAUAAAGUAUUAUUCUCUGUGAUCAACUUGUAGAGUCCACAUGGGGAUGUGUAGUAUUGUUCUAUAUCCAAGUAAUGUUGUGUCUUGUUUAGCGCUAGAAUGUAGAUGGUGUUUAACCAGUGGGAGGCAAUUCAGCUUUGAUACAUUUUUUUUUUCUCAUUUUGUUCCCGUUUUGAUUCAAACUAGAAAAGCCAUAUUACAUUAUAUUGUCCUAAAGAGAGAUUGUUAUUUUGUUGCUUUUCUCAUAAAACGUAUAGAAUAUUGUCAAAUAGCUCAAAAUAUACAGAAAAAUAUUUAUACCCACAAAGAGAGUUGAUAGAAAAUGUCUCUUUGGGUGGAAAAGUAAUAUAAUAUAAAGUUUGUUGAGUUCAUAAAGUAUUUUCUGUUUUAAUGCUGUUUUUGUUUGUUAUAUUAAAGGUCACGUUAUUUUGUGGCCCUCUAAUGCAAUAAUGUACAGAGUAUAAAAUAUUUAUAUGAAUACCCAUCUUUUUUUAAUUUUUAGAAGCUAAUUACAGCGCUGGCAUUUUUCUGAAAAUGUGUUAAGGAGAAUGCACACAGGAAUUUUGAAUUAUUUGGUUGUCACAGCACAUGAAACAAUUGAGCACAAAAGAGAGCCUUUUCAAGCACAUUCAUUUAGAGCAUUUUUUUUCUGCAUUCAUUAAUGGUUUCAAUCUCUGUGUACUUUUUUUUUUUUAAUGUACCUUUACAAUAAAACACCUUGAAAAGAA